CUCAGCUUCGUCUUCGUCUGUCUCGUGUAUAAUCUUUUUAAUCGGUCCUAUAACAUUUGCUACUAUCCGUACCAUGCUAUUGCCUCACGAGCGAAAUCUCGAAAUGGAAUCGAAGGCACAUGCAGUCAUUCCUGCGGUUCGUCAACUGACACCGCCAGAUAGUCCUCGUCCGUCGGAUCAAAAAAUGCUGCCACCACUACCACCUAUCAAAACCAGCUGGUCGAAGGAGAAGCCACAAUCAAAGGCCUCUGAAAAGAUGUCACUCGAUUUUAUUGCACCAAAUAGUCGAUCGCCCUCGCCGGAACACUGCAGUAAAACGCUCCCAAGACUAGAGGUUCUCAGUGCUGCAGCCGCCAUUCACCGCGGAUCAAGGCCAUCGUCACCAUUUCUUCCGAUCAAUACCGUGCCAACGCACUCAGUCCGUACAUCGCACACUUCAUCACAGUUAAUCACACCUCAGCCUCCAAGAGACGAGUAUUACACGCCUGUUUCAGCAGCAACAAGUGGACUCCCUAGUCCGGUCUGGUCUAAUUUCUCCGAGCUACUCCCCCUUCACAUGAGGGAUAGUCUUGUUUUCAACCAGUCAUCCUUGAGAGACCGACGAUCAUCUGCUCCAACGUACAAUGCCAAUCUUGAUAAUAGAUCACAGCAUUGUUCGCCACCGCCAGCACGCCCGACGAGAGUGCAAAAACGGGCUCAAAAGCCUUCUCAGACUCACAUUGCCGCACGCGGUGAGCGACAUCCUUAUGAUGCGGAGGAGCGCUUUGCUCUGGUCUAUCUACGCCGAGAAGUCUUCGAAAAAAAGCUCGAAUGGAAAGAUGUCCUCGUGCGAUUUCAUAUCCUUUUCCCACCUGGUGCUCCUAGGCGGUACAAAUCUAAGGACGGCAACGAGACAAGAGGUCUCCCUCCUUGCUAUACUCAACGCGAAGUCCAAGGCCUCCAAUGUAGAUUCUAUCGAAUUAGAACUGAGGAGGGUCUCCCAAAAAGCAGAGAUGCCGCUGGCUUUGGUGGCAUUGAUACCCCUGCAGCCAGAGCAGCGAUUGAAGAUGAACUGAGCACACUGGAGCGAAUUGCAAUCAGGGAUAACCUGUGCCCGAACUUUGUCAAAAGGGUGAAGCAGCUGGCUGCGAAGGGCGACCUCAACGAGAUUCUCGCGUACUCGCAUGUACGACUAUAGUCACGGACAAGUGUUAUGAUAUUGACGACGACGAUGACUUGCCAGCAUAUUCUGCACAAUGGCUUCCAAGCCAUGCAGGUCAAAUUCUGAUGCUCAUACCUUGUUGAGCUCGACCUCGCGCCCACGCGGAGAAGUGUCCUGAUGCGAGUACUGGGAGCCCAGCACUUUUUACUACCGGAAUGUAUCGGAUGGAACAUCUGACCCAAGAUGCAUUCGCAUGCACGGGAUGGCACUCAUAAUGAGAUUGGGCAUUAAACGGCAUAGAAUCCUCAAAACGGCCUUGUUAU